CACAUUUGUGUUGGUUCCGUCGCAAAACAAGGAAGAAGAAAACAUGGCGGAUCUAAAUUAUUGUGACAAAAGCCUUUGUGUUUUCCCGAAUAUAUAUAUUUUAAUUCGAUAGUGCUUGAUAAGUGUGCGUAGUGUAUUUAUUCGUUGUUUCGGAUAGCUGUCAGUGUGUAAUUCUCUCACAAUGGGUGCUAAACAGAGUUCUGGGGCUAACACCCCAUCUCGUGUACGAACUUACUCGGGGUCACAUAAUGGGGCUGGUCCCCACGUGGCCAUGGGCGGCUCACAUAGUUCUGGUAGCAGGGCCCGUGCACGUAGCCUUGGGAGUUUCGCCACCCCACCAGCUGGACUGGGAAUACCAUCAUUGGGUAAUGGUAACGGCCCUGGUGCUGUCGGUGGAAGCCCUGAUUCUGACUCUAGUCCUGAUGAGCCAGGACCACUCGGGGUGGCACAUGCACAUGCAUUGCGGAAUAUUACUCAUUCACUUCCAGUUCAUUUAUUUGCUCUUCACGGAAUCAAAUGUCCAGUUUGCUCCAAAUUUGUUCCCCCGGAGGACAUAGAAUGUCACCUUGUAGUUUGCCUCACCAAACCUAGAAUCACAUAUAAUGAUGAUGUAUUAACAGAAAGCAAGGGGGAAUGUGUGAUAUGCUUUGAUGAACUCGAUCAGGGAGACACGAUAGCACGUUUACCCUGCCUUUGUAUUUAUCAUAAGGGGUGUAUCGACAAGUGGUUUGAGAAGAACAGAUCGUGCCCAGAGCAUCCAAAUGAUUAGGAUUGGGCUCUUCCUCAGGACCAGAAAUAACUUGCAACCCACAUCAAGGUCAUGCAUAGGACAUCCAAUCAUCAUCUGCCACUUGCUCAUCAGGGAUUGGUCAAUGAAGUCAUGUGACAUGGUCAUGUGAUCAUUGGGAUUUCCAAAUAUUGGCAUUGUUAUGAAGCUGCAUUAUAUCUGUGACUUUCUGGGUAAAGUGUGCAUUUUUGUGCAGUAAAACACCAUCUUCAGCCUAGAUUCUAAUAACAAAUAUGCAUUCUUUGACAUUUUGGCUGGAUUUGGAUUCUGCAUUAUGUGUGUAUGAGAAUCAUGAAGAAGUCCCCUGAAAAUGAAGGAGCAAUUGAGAAGUGUGAUGGACCCACAAUUGAGCAACACUGUUUGGAUAAACCAGCUCCUUUUUGCAUUAAACAUGAGCAGGACUCAUAGACACAUGGUAAACACCGUAUUUAUUGAUGAUGCCCACAAGAUAAUGAGGUUUUUGUGUUAGAAGCUUACACAGUAUCAAAUUCAAUUUUACAACUGAUGUUACAAAGAAACGGUCUGGAGAAACUGGAGAAGAAGUCUGAAUAUUUUGCUACCUAUAGAGUAUAUUUUGACUAGAAUUAUAUCUGUGAAAUAUUGACCACGGAAGCAAUUAAAAAUUCAUGUGGACUGACACCGAUAAUCCAUAUUUCUUUUCAAUUAUUUGUGGUAUAUUUCUGUUGACAUUUAAAUUGUAACCACAUCAAUAAUGGUCUGUCUUGUUUACUUUCUGAAGAAUGCUAGUAAAAAGCAGAGCUGUUUCUUGUGUUUGAAAUUAUUGAAAAAGUUCUGUUGUAUGUGAUACGGUGUAGGUACCAAUAAAAAUAGUACUGUUAACUUUGAAAAUGACAAUAGUUUUCAGCAAUUGUACAUGUCUUACAUACAAGACAAUUGAAAAUGAAAUAUUAGUUGAAAGGGGCGACUAACAAUUUCCAUGUGAUACAGACACUUUCGUGCUGCUUGUGAUAAAUUCUCUUAUGUACUGCGCAGUGAUUUUGAAAUGGCCCUCUCUCUCUAAUUUAUGGUGACAUAAAGGUUGACAGCGUCACAUCUUGAUUCUUAUGGAGUUAAAUUUAAGUCUUGAUUGUCAAUUUGGAGUCUUUAAUUAAAUAACACAACAUGAAAUAUUGUUGGGAAUUUCUGUAAAAAUAUGUAGUUCCUAUUAUUUCCACUGAUGGACUGACUUCAUCAAUACAGAGCAAUGAAAAUAUAAGGGGCAUGAAAACAAAAUUAUAUUAAUUAUUAAGGUGGGGAAAAGUUUUCUAGACAAACAAUGUAAUGAAAAAACACUAACCUAAUUUUUUUGUGGAGAACAUUAAAAUUUAUUUUUGUGAUAUUUUUUUUUAAAUUAAACAUCAGUGAAAUAGCUAAAAUAAUCACAAGUGAAAGAUAGGGUCAUUUUAAAGUUAACGCAGGUUCGCAGUUUUCUUUGUAGUUCAUAGUCAUGCAUUGAAAUCUAGCCUGUACAUAGUAAUGGCGAUACUAUAUGCCUUGGUUUUUGUGGAGCAUUAUGAACCAUGAAUAUGUUUGAUGUUAUCUGUUUGUUAUACUAGGCCUAAUGCUUUUCAUGGCGGUCUUUAUGACAAUGGCGGAUAUUAAUUUUUGCUGUCAGUUUAGAUGCACAGCUACUGUCCAUAUGAAACGUUACUUAGUUCAACAUGAAACACUCCAUUCAGGAAGGAGAGUUAAUUGUUUUUAUGACUGUAAGAAUUGGUUAACUGUACAGACAACAUAUUGAAGCAUAAAUGGUUUUAGUCUGAUUUUAAUACUGAAAAGCUGUAAAUGGAUACACAGAUAAAUGUAAACAAGUAAGCAUUCUAUAACAAGGGUGUGUUCUCUUACAUAGGUACUAUUAUUAUGUUCCGAACUAUUCAUAUAAUAAAUUUUUGUCUGACGGCAAUAAUACUUCUUGUUAGUGGGCGUAAUGCUAUUUAUACAUUGUAAAAGUGUUAAAAUGUGGAUCGUAGAAAUAGGAAUGCAUUAAAAAUAAUCAUUAUAACAUCAGUGUAUUUAUUUCAUGGCUAUGUAAUGGUGUCUAACAUUGUUGAGAUUUUUGCGCAACUGUUCGCUAAUCUUCAUUUAAAGCAGUUUUGUAUCCAUCGGAUAUCAUUGAAAUUUUAUGGACAAAAACACUUUAACGUAAUUACUACAAUAUGUUGAUAUAUAUGUAGCGUUUUAAAACGUGAAAGCUUUAAUCAGAUAUCAUGUAUACUUUUUCUCCUGGAACAUAUUAACAAGAUCAUGCACAUUAAUGUAAGGAAUGGAUUGACUUUGAAAAGCAUUUUGCUGAUGGUGACAAAUAACAUUUAUUAUGCCCCCCUUCGAAGAAGAGGGGUAUAUUGCUUUGCACAGGCAUGUCGGUAUGUCGGUCGGUCGGUCGGUUGGUCCAUCGGUAGACCAAAGCUUGUCCGAGUGAUAACUCAACAAUUCCUGGACGUAUGGUCAUCAAACUUCACAUGAAGGUUGGGCCUGACCAGUAGAUGACCCCUAUUGAUUUUGGGGGUCAUCGGGUCAAAGGUCAAGGUCACAGUGACCUUUAAUGGUAAAAUAAUUUUAAAGCUUGUCCGAGUGAUAACUCAACAAUGCCUGCACCCAUGGCCCUCAAACUUGACAUGGAGGUUGGGCCUGACCAGUAGAUGACCCCUAUUGUUUUUGGGGGUCAUCAGGCCAAAGGUCAAGGUCACAGUGACCUUGAAUGGUAAAAGGUUGUCCGAGUGAUAACGUGACAAUGCCUGCACCCAUGGCCCUCAAACUUGACUUGGAGGUUGGGCCUGACCAGUAGCUGACCCCUAUUGUUUUUUGGGCUCAAUGGGUCAAAGGUCAAGGUCACAGUGACUUGAAUGGUAAAAGGUUGUUCAAGUGAUAACUCAAUAAUGCCUGCACCCAUGGCCCUCAAACUUGACUUGGAGGUUGGGCCUGACCAGUAGAUGAUCCCUAUUGUUUUUGGGGGUCAUUGGGCCAAAGGUCAAGGUCACAGUGACCUUGAAUAGUAAAAGGUUGUCCGAUUGAUAACUCAACAAUGCCUGCACCCAUGGCCCUCAAACUUGACUUGGAAAAUUGGCCUGACCAGGAGAUGGCCCCUAUGGUUUUGGGGGUCAUCUGGCCAAAAGUCAAAGGUCAAGGUCACAGUGACCUUGAACGAAAAAACUUGUCUUGUGAUAACUUGACAAUGCCUGCACCCAUGGCCCUCAAACUUGACAUUUAGGUUUCUUGUGACCAGCUGAUGACUCUGGAUUUUGAGUUCAUAGAGUCAAAGGUCAUGACGGUCAUAACACACUUUAUCCUCACACUUUAAUGGUCAUAAUCUUAAAACAGCAACAAAUCAGCUGUCAUUUCGGUCCAUGCAUAUUUCAUUCAAUUGUCCCUAUAAUCCUGACAACAUGGCGCUCAGGGGGGGCAUAAUGUUUGACAAACAUCUCUUGUUUACAUAUAUUUGUGUGUUAGCUAUGUGAUACAUAAGCCGCUGAGAUUUGCCUUGUGUGAUGAGUGAUGAUACAUUGUAUGAUUGAUUGACAUGUUGGGGUGAAGCUUAUACUUUAAUUUUCUACAAAAAGUAUGGUAUUUCUCAUUAAAACCCUUACCUGGUGUCAACAAAAUACUUGGGGGCCCUAUUUAUUUAAGGAUCUUAGGCUUGUCAUAUAACAUAUUAAAUUUGUAGGACUGUCACAAUAGGCAACAGGUUUUUUUCUAUCCUAACUGGCUUAAAUUCAGUUUUUACAGUUAUAUAGUAAAAUACUCUAAACAAAAUGAAUAUUUGACAGUCAUAAGCAUUUAAUCCUAUGAAGGCAGAAGUGUGCUGGGCAUGCUGGCCUCCAUGAGGGCAGAAGGGUGCUGGGCAUGCUGGCCUCCAUGAGGGCAGAAGGGUGCCAGGCAUGCUGGCCUCCAUGAGGGCAGAAAGCGGGCCGGGCAUGCUGGCCUCCAUGAGGGCAGAAAGGGGGCCAGGCAUGCUGGCCACCAUGAGGCCAGAUGGGUGUCGGGCAUGCUGGCAUGCUGGCCUGCUGGCCUCCAUGAAGGCAGAAGGCUGCCGGGCAUGCUGGCCUCCAUGAGAGCAGAAAGGGGGCCGGGCAUGCUGGCCACCAUGAGGGCAGAAGGGUGCCGGGCUUGCUGGCCUCCAUGAGGGCAGAAGGGUGCCAGGCAUGCUGGCCUCCAUGAAAGCAGAAGGGUGCCGGGCAUGCGGUCCUCCAUAAGGGCAGAAGGGGGCCGGGCAUGCUGGCCUCCAUGAAGGCAGAAGGGUGCCGGGCAUGCUGGCCUCCAUGAGGGCAGAAAGGGGGCCGGGCAUGCUGGCCUCCAUGAGGGCAGAAGGGGGCCAGGCAUGCUGGCCUCCAUGAGGGCAGAAGGGUAACAGCUACCAAAAACAGACAGAGGAAAGCACUGUUCCAUAACUCUAGCUGAAAUCCUGCAGCCUAAGAUAAUAUCACUUUGUGGCUAUGAUCAUUUACGAAACAGGCCCCAAGUUCAGUGAUAGGAAGGACAGACUGUGUUUUACUACCAUAUUUGGAAGGGGGUCAGGGCCUUUCUGAUAGGGAACAAAAAUGUCAUUUUGAUGAAAAUUAGAAAUUCCAAUUUUGCCUAGAAAUGAACAAGAAUGCUUUAGAAAAGUCUGAAAAAAUGAAACAAUGUGAUUGUUUGUUUCUUUUAGAAUACACCAACUCCUCCAUACAAUAACAAUUUUGGGGGUCCAAUAUUUUGUUGAAAUAGUUUCAAAAUAAUAAAAAAAAAAACAGAAAAUGGAAAUUUGAAUGUUACAUUUUUUUGGGAAAUUUGUUUAAGCUAUUGGAAAGGGGCCAAACUUUGGCCAAGAAUGGGUCAGAAAUAAUUCACCAGUCAGAUUGACUUUAUAAACUUACAACAGUAUCAUGAAUUAUAGCAAUUGGGACUUAACGGACUGGACACCAAAUGGUUCCAAAAUCGUUAAAUACAGUAUUUCCUCGAAACAAAGCUAAAAUUGUCAAUACGUUCUAGUAAGAGGCCUAUAAUACAUCAUUUUACAUAAUUAAAAUAAUAUUUUAUCACUGUCUCAGCCGAGUUACCCCUAAAUAAAAGCGCAUAAUGUGUGUAUUUAGCAUGUGAAAGUAAUGUGAUUAGUUCUGAUACAUAUACCAAUGCUAUUCUUAUUAUAUAUUUUAAUUGGGAUCUACAUGGUAGACAAACCCAGUUAGUUUUUUAAUUGUAAAAAUACGCAGAACUUCGAAAGAUACAUGUGUUGUAAGCAAUGUGAUACAUCAGUUAAUUAGAUUCAAUGCAUUGUACACAUCAAUAUCAAUUUUAUGUAAAUUUUUGACAAUUUCCUCUUUCUGGCAGUUGUAUCAACUGGUGUCUAGUCCCUGCUGAUUUUCCCUUUAACAUGUUAGAUUAAUUUUGCCACUGUCUGUAAUGAUGUACACAAAUCUUUCUUUUGAAUUUGUACUUAAAAUAAUUGUAUUUCUAUUGAACCAGAGAAGGUAUACUGUAUUAUAACUUUCAAAGUAAAAGUAGAUCUCUAUUACGAUAUGUACCGUAACCAUACCAAAGGUCGUACACUACCUUAACAAAGGGAAGGAGCAGAUUUGAUAUAAUGUAGAGUUAACAAGAUUUAGCCAAUAUUUUAAUCUUCAUAAUAACAGUUGAUAUUGUUACAUUGAGGAAAUAGACAGAUAUAUAUUUUUUUCAGAAUGCCAUGUUUUAAAUACCGUAUAUAACGAAGAUACCAUUUCAGUUGCUAAAUGUUGUCAAAUCUGUUUUUUCUUUAUUAGUCUGAUGCCAUAAUUAUAUAGUUAAUAAUUGAAUGCAAUACAAUUAAUACUGUCAUACUUACAGAGAUAAUUUGAGUUUACUAAUGAAAUGUUAUUCAUAACAUUUAGCUCAUUCGGAACUCCUUGGCCAUUUCCAUCGAAAAACAACCUCAGAUGUAUGCUGAUACAUCAGUAGAAGUUGUUCGUAAAAUUUUAGUUAAUGGUAUUAUUUAUAGAAGUGUUUAAACAGUAUUUUGCAUAUAUAUAUGGUUUAAAAUGAUUGCCAGUUAAGUGUAUAAUUAAAUAAAUAAUAAUAAAGACUUCCAAGAGUAGAGACAUCGAGUUUAACUGCUAAAUUGAAAUUACUACGCAAUUUACUAGUAGCGUAGUUAAAUGUCAAGAUUUCUGACAAAGCAAACUGUCCAUAUACAUCCAAGGUUGUUUUCAAUGGUAAAUGGCCCAAGUGUUCCCAAUGCAUUCAGCUAUAAGUUGAUUUGAGUUUUUAGAUGCUUUUAUUGUCAAUGCAAUGCCAAUAUAAUUUUAUUCAACUGUCGUGUAAUUUUGGACGGAAGAUGAAUGCCUGUUGUAUGUGUAUUGUUGAUUGAUAUUUUGGUGUAAUAUUUUGGUGUAUUUGAUAUGUUAAAUGUAACCAACAGAGUGUCAAGAUCGGAGCAUUGUUGUGUGGUUUGGAUGUAUAGACUCAAUCAUCACAGCAUUAUUUUAUGUUUCUUCUGUCUUAAAUUUAAGUGAAAUUAUAAGUGAAACUGUCUCUUAUAAUUUUAUUUCACCUUUUUUAUACGAAACAUUGCUUUUUUCAUAACAUUUUUUGUUAUUCUGCAAAUAAAUUGAUACACUUCAGAGAUAUGCAGUCAGGCAGCUGUCUGCAGUCUACAAAUUCUUAUGAAGCCAAAGAAAUAGCUAUUUUUGACUUUGUUUUAGUAUUGUUAAUUUUUUAAACAAGAAAAAACAGGUCAGAAAAAUUACUAUCAUCGCUGAUUUAAACCACUGUAAACACUUUUAGAUGUUUUCAUUACAUUAUCUCAUAAAUUUAGAGGAGAAAGUAAAUAAAAUGUGCAAAUCUUAAUUAAAGUUAAAUUAACAACUUAUUGAGAACAUCUGUGCGGAAUAUAAGUGUUGAAUGAUAAGGCUAAGUGCAUGAAGUUGAUGGUUUUUGAGUUUCUUGAAUUUAUCUUAUGAAUUAUGCAUAUUAAGACUGAUGGUAACCAUGCAAUUGAAUAUAAUUUACAAGAGCUGUUAAAACUGACUGCUGCAUAAAUGAGAUGUUAUAAUAAUAUUCAUUGAAUAUUUUUCUGAAUUGAAUAAUAAUGAUGAAAUCUGGAGGGAUUUUUUGUUUGUGUUUUUUCAAGUAGAUAUAAUCAAUUGUCUGUAUCUUGAAUAAGGUGUUGAUGCAAGUUGUUUUCAUCGUUCAAGUCAUUUUGUCUUUCAUUUCCCACUCUGGUGAUGUAGUUUUAGCAGUUUUGUUUAAGAGUAGAUGCCGUAUUCAUUCUUAUAAAAGUAUACUGACAUUGAAUUUGAUACUGUAAAAUAUAGCUAGAGUCUGAGUCAAUCCUGACUUCCUAAUUUAUAUCAAUUUAGGUUAUCAUUUUAUAACCAAGACAGUGUUGUUUUUCCACAUUAAAGGGAAUGAUGGCUGGGCCCUUUGAUAGGAAAAAAUAGCGUCAUAUUGGCAAAAAGGGGUAAAAUACUAACAUGAUUUAUAUAAUGUUCAACUUGCUUACAAACCUUCUAUUCAACUUACAUAUCUUCAAAUUCAUGUAUAGCACUGUCUUGCUACAUUUGCUAAAUGUUCAGAGGUAAAUGCUCCUUAAAAAAUAAUGGGCACUUUUUUUAACCCUGGUUAGGGGCAAAAUAUCUUUUCAGGAUAGGAAUGGGGCCGAAUUUCAAUCCCUGAAAAGGUCGAACACUUUGCUUCAAUAUCUUGAUAAUUUAUGAAGAAGGAUAAACAUAAAGUGAGAGAUCUAUCACUUGGUCCUAAAUGUCUUAAAUGACAGCAAUAUUUAUUUUAUUUUUGUUUAAUAUUUGAAUGUUUGGUGAUUUUAUAAUCAUAAAUAUGGCAUUGCUGAUUGAUUGCGUGUCUGUGUUUCAUCUCAUUGUAAAUAGAUAACAUCAUGGUAACAAUUCAAUUAUAUUUCUUUCCAAAUCAUGGUCACUUGUCUCUAAAUCUACAAUUUCAAAAGUGGAAUAUUUCACAGAAUAACCUUAUAUUCUGCCAUUGAGUGUGAAUGUAUUGUUGUUAUACCAGGAGUCAACUGUUGAGCAUCAACUGUUGAGCGAGGUUUGUUAUGAUAUUGAUCUAAAUAAGGACUUACUUUAUACACAAGUCUUACAACUUAAAUAGUAUAUAUUCUUAUGUCAUGAUGUGUUUAUGUCAUGAUGUGUACAUUCAACGUAAUUAGAUGAUGUUUACUUUCUGCUAUAUGGGUCAUGCAUGAUGAAUCAUGGCAAGUUUAAAAUACAUCAUAUUAGUCAUGUCCUGAAAUAGGUGAACAGUUCUAUGUUUUACAUAUUUUUACAUUAAAUUUUGUUACAAAAUAGUUUUUUUACAAAGGGAGGAUACCCCCCCCCCCCCAAUUUUCGUAUCAUUUUAGACAAGACUUAUGGUCACUGUUCAUUCUUAUAACAUCAUACAGACGUUUAAUACAAUUUCAUUAUGUUUUGGUGCCAGUUUUAAAAAAUGUUAAACAAUUUCAUGUAAGUGAGAAUAAAUAUUUAUCACAUGAGAUAACUGCAUUCAGAUAAUACAGUUUGGAAUCAUUAGUUAUGAAAUGCUACAAAAGAACUUUGAUUACGAUAAAGUUUAAGUACACCCUGGUUGCCUACUUAUCUAGAUUUCAGGGCUAAUCUUUUAUUAUCUAAAUGGGGACAGGACUUUUUUUCAUGAAAAAACACUACAUAAGCUGACAAAUACACCUUACAUAUUAUUUUGGACUUAGAAGUUUCAAGUCCCAUAGAAAAGUUAAAUAUUAUUUAACACAAACUCAUUAUUUUGAAUUGAUUUUCUAUUGCAAAACUAUAUUACUACUGUCAUUGAUUUUUGAAUAUGGUCAGUCUAUAGACCAAUGUAGUCUAUUUUUGUCACAAUUGUGUCCAGUAUACAUGUACUUAUAUGUAUAUUUGAAAUGGUGAAGUUUUGCACUUGAAUGCCUGAAUAAUAUAGUGUAUCAUGAGACUGUCAAUUCUAUGAUCUUGCUUCGUCACAUUAUAUAUUAUGUUGAGUAAAGGCUAUUUUGUCUGAA